AUGGCCGCCAGCAUGGCGUCGCCAAUAGCGACUAUGAGCCCUUCCAUGGGCCUGCAUACCAUCACAGAACACGACUACCGAUUUCCUCGCAGGCCAAUGGAGCAUGCGCCGAUGCACCAUGAUGAACACAACUCCCACUUCACCGAUGACUCUUUCCAGCAGGAGCUCAUGAACCUGACCACCGUUGGCGCGUCUGCUGCUCCCGAUCACGAUCUCUCUACAAAGCCUUCAGAUUCCUCCAGUGGCUGCUUGAGGCUGGACAUCGAAUACAAUAGCAGCUCAGUGCAGAAGCGCCCCUCGCGUGACGAUGUGUUUGCGGACCUGCGCCUUGGUACCACGGCCAAUGGCCCAGAACAGGACUCGCUAGCCACUGAGGUCUGGCGUUUUUUCUCCAAAACUAAGCAGCAGCUGCCGAACCAGGAACGCAUGGCGAAUUUGAGCUGGCGCAUGAUGCACGUGAAGCUACGGAGUGCACACUCUGACAAGUCCACGCAACAUAUACACGCUGCUGCCAAUGCCCCCAGCGGCAUCGCUCAGUUGAGAAAAACGUCUGAGCAGACCCAGGCCAGACAGGACCAGCACCACGGAUUGUCCAGUUUGGAUCCCAUGACCUUGGAUGAGUUUAUUGACUCAAGGAACGUCGCCACUCCGGAGGCCGGAACUUCGCUGCUGCUUGACGACGGAUCGGCCAACGAUGGUAGCAAGGACCCGACAUCUGCCUACACUAUGGCCUCGGCAAUCCCCAUCAAGAACCGCCGCGAAUCUUUCAAGCACUUUGUCCCGCAGAGUGUUCCUGUCCCCCCACACCAGACUGCCCAUAACGAAUUUGGCUAUGUCACGCGACACCACCGGAAAACGAGCAUCGAUGAACGCCGGACCCGGAAACGGCCGGCCAACUUCUCUCCUCAUAUCCCGGCUGUUGGGAACAAUGCCGACUUGGAUCUGGACGUGGACCUGCAUGAAUAUGCCUUGGAUCCUUCCCUGUCGAAUGGCUUGAACCAUCACGACUCCAAUGGUCACAAUGGAAUCUCGUUCGCGUUGGACUCCUUUAUGGACAACGACAACAUGAUCACAUCUGCUGGUCCUUUCCAGCAGCAGUUUUGCAUUUCUCCCUCCACUUCGCCUAUGGUGAACCACGGCCUGUUUACCAGCAUGUACAGCAACAGCGGGCCGUCCAUGCCAUCUUCUUCUAUACCUACCACUGCCGACUACUAUUCCCCCCCAGGUUCUGCCUACCAGUCCACGGCUUCAACGCCUCACCCGUUGAACGAUGGAAGCAACAGUGCGAGCACCGAGAACUUUUACUUGGGCUCUAUGGACAUGCGCCAUGGUCAGCAGCGUUCACAGCCGUUCCGCUCCGGUCAGCCUUCGGCGCCUUCAAGCAUGGCCACUUCGGUCGGCGGCAGUGUUGCUACUGCUGGUGCCCACACGUCGUCUAUUAUGUACGGAUCUGGCGCCGGCAACUCUCUCUUCCACGGCCCUACUUCCACCACCGGCCCAGACUCAGCUUCGGUAUUUUCGACGUCUUUGAGUCACGUCGACCCCACCCAGGUGUUUCACCAGCAGCAACCGGACAACCAAAUGUCUGCUCGGUCACCUGGUGUGAACGGAAACAGCCUGCUGGGCGACGCUGUUUUUUCAUUCGGCACUGAUUCAGAUAUCGAUGAGGAGGACAACGGGGCAUUUGCUGACCGGACCCUCGGCCUCAGCGGCGACUUUUCUCCAGGCAUGGACGAGUCUUCGGGCUUGGACAGCAAUGGCAACUCUCUCGGUGGCAGCACGCCGACGGGCAGCAGCAUGGGCUGGGACGCCACUCUGCCUGGCCAAUUUAGCACGCAGGCGGCGCGGUACCCUGGUGGCAUGCCUACUCGCAAGCAUGUUACCAUUGGCCCGACGACUACGAACGAAUUUGGCGAUGUAAACGGCAUUGACUGGGAUAGCAUGAACACAUCGUCGUCCAACAAGUCUCUCUCGCGCACCCAAUCGCAGUCAUUCCGUCAUGGAAGCAUCAGCGGUGAUCGUCGCCACCCCAAGUUAUCACGAAAUGCGUCUACGCCCAACGUCAACAACAUGGGAGGCAACUUUGACCGCUCCGGCCAAACCAUGCCAGAUUCGCCGCCGAAUGAUACCAACGGGAUGGGCGGCAAUGUGAACGCAUCUGGCUUCAGCUCGGUGGCUCACAGCCGACCAUCCUCCCCGCCCAUGUCCGACUCAAAGCAAGGGUCUUCGACCAACCUUCAGGCUCAAGGGCAGGGCGAUUCGGCGCCGACGACAUGCACCAACUGCUUCACGCAGACCACUCCGCUCUGGCGGCGCAACCCCGAAGGUCAGCCGCUGUGCAACGCCUGUGGCCUCUUCUUGAAGCUGCAUGGCGUCGUCCGUCCGCUCAGCUUGAAGACAGAUGUCAUCAAGAAGCGAAACCGGGGCUCGGGUGCACAGCUUCCUGUUGGUGGUACCAGCACGCGAUCGAGCAAGAAGGGAGCGGUGUCGGGGACUAGCACGCGCAAGAACUCAACACUGUCUAUCUCAUCCAUCGCUGCGGCCAAUGCCAGCCAAGCGGUGGCAACACCGACAGUGACGACGCCGCCAGCCCAACAGCGCUCUGGAAGCGUCAACGACGGGGACAGCCCGACGAGCGGUAUUAACACUGCCGGCAGCACGCCGGCCAGCUACUCGGGCUCAGCGUCUGGCAGUGCUACGGGUGGAAAGGGAGUCAUUCCCAUUGCCGCGGCACCGCUGAAGAGCGUCCCGGGUCCUGGUGCGGCGGCGAUGACGCGUUCAAUCACGGUGUCGACGUCGAAGCGGCAACGCCGUCACAGCAAGAGCGCCGGGUCGUCGAUGCAGCAGAACUCGAUGUCGGGCAAUGACGUCGGCCUCGGAGGCAGCAGCAUAAUGGACAUUGACAGUCCCGAGAACUCGACGGGCUCGAACGAAGCUGCAAUCUCAAUGAGUGCCAGUACGGGCUUGGGCUUCCUGGACAAGCAUACCAACAACCUCGGCCUUGCGAACGCAUUUGGUGUUACUCAGCGGCCGAUGGUCGGCCCUGGCAUGAUCGGCAUGGGCCCGGCAGCAUCAGGAUCGAUGAUGACACCUGGCGGCACUGCAGGCGGACCCCAGGAGUGGGAGUGGCUCACGAUGAGUCUGUGA